CAUUUAAUUCAUCGCAUUGAUUCUGACGGGCACCCAAUCUGUGAUGUAAAUCAUUUUACCGACAGUUUGGGCUUUCUGUUGAGAAAAACUGGUAUUUUGGUGGACGCAUUGUCUGGCAGUGUGGGGAGGCUGUUGCGUGGGGAACAAUGUCACGUCCGCGAUCGAGAUCUCCAUUAUAUUCAAGAAUACCAACGCUUCAGGGUAGAAGAGCAGUUCCAUUCUUUGAUAACCAGAUACAUUCAAUAGUACCAUCUGAUGCAUGGAGAAACAAUGUAAAUGUCAACAAAGCUGAAAGUAGCGCACAGUGGAACAAUGAUUCAAAUCAGGGAGAACAGCACUCUGUUGAUCACUGGGCCAAAUUUAUUGAUGCCAUAGAGCAUGCGCAAAAAAGAGAGCCUUUGCCUAUGUCCACAUUUCACAUGCAGGGUGAUGAAGAAAGGCCACCCGGUUCUCCAAGGAGGCUGCCCAGGGAAAGGCUAUCUUCCCCGGAUCAUCCUCGUUUUGAUAUGGAGAAGCAUUACAGGACAUCAGGAUCACCAGGCUGGAACAGGAGUGAUGACCAGGGCAGGCAUGAGCAGAUUUUACAGCAGAACCAAAGAGAAGCAGGAGACCGGUCUUACACAAGACAUUCAGAAGCAAGAGGAUACGACAGGACGGAAUACGAAUUUCAUAAUGAAGAACGUGGAAAUCAGUAUCACGAAAGAGGCUCAUUUUCAGAGAGGUCAUCAAAGUCAGAUUUUAGGGAGCAUCGCCUAUCUUCUGAAAGAUUUGCGCACGUGGGUCAGCAGAAUGAAUAUGGUGAAGAUCAAAGGGGCUUCAGCCCACGUCUCGCACCUGUUAUUGUGGAGCAUGAUCAUGGAAUUUCAAAACAUCCGCCAAGAGAACGAGAUCCUCCAAGAAUGAGUGGCCGUCCAAGGAGCAGGGAUCCUCCAAGGAGCAGGGAUCCACCAAGGAGCAGAGAUCCACCUAGGAGCGGUGAGGCCCAACGGAACCGGGAACCUCAACGAGAUAGGAGGGAUCAAGGUCAUCAUGCACAUACAUUUCAAAAUCGAAAUGACAGAGUAAACACGGCACCAAACAGUAACUUCCGAGAAGAACCAAGAAAGCACUACUCUUAUGGAGGAGAAAAUCAGGUGAGAGACAGAUCAAGACACAUGGAUCGUUCAAGAGUGGAGUCACAUUCGAGAGAUUUGGAUGCACGACGGGAAAGGGAGGCAGUCGAUAUAAAUGAUAUUGAUUUGCGAACAGACCGAGGUCGCAGAGAAAGGAGUUACGAAUGGGAACAUGAGGGAUUUCGAGAAGAUAAUGGAAGAGUGAGGGAAGAAGAGGAAGUUUUUCCUCAAAGAAAUCAAAGGAGUCAGUAUCAAAGGAAUCCAAACACUAAGGCUGGACCUGUGUCUAAAAUGGAUUUUGGCGAACAGGAGACCCUCAAGAUCAAAGUGGACAUGAGUCGACCCGUCAGGAAUAGCAGCUAUUUAGGAUAUUCUUCAGAUAGGCAGUUAUCACUGGACUUGGUCAAUGUCGGUCGACAACGUCUCGACUUCCUGCCUAUGCUGGAGCAUUCGGGGACCUUUAAGGAAUCAGCAGUGCAUUCUGGGACAUUUGCACAAGAGAUCAUCACACUUGUGCAUCAGGUCAAAGAAAAUUACUUUAAGGGACAAGGGAUCACACUUAAUGAGCGGUUUGCAGAUGAACAGUUUUAUUCACUUCUGGAUGAGUUUAAUGAAGAUGAGGAGGAAGAAGAAACUGAAAGUUUUGAAACAACCAGAAAUAGGCCACAGGCAAUGCCUUCAUCAGCAACACAGAUCCUCUGUAAGAUAGGCGCAGAGCCGCCUCAAAAACGACAGCUUGUCCCUGACCCUAGUGAUCUCAGAUAUGACCUGGAGCGAAGAAGACAAGAGCGACUUGAGGGCGUAAAGAUCACAAUCGCUGGGAGCAGUUUUACUCAAAUGGCUCCUGAGAGUCAAGGAUAUGAGCGUGACUAUGUGAGCGAGAAUCUUGACCAGAUAGACGGAGACUUCGAAUGGUCCGAACAGCCAUCUGAUAACCCGAGGCAGUGGAAUGUUCCUCGGCAAAGAGCACCAGCAGCCAAAAGACAGAACUUCAAUCAGAGGGGCAAUUUCAAUCGUAACAACAGAGCACGUGGACGGAGGACUUAAAAUAGGUGGUCUGCCUUUGGUUAAGAAAACUUUUCCGAAGUCACUUGCACAGUGUUUUUAAUGUUUUUGUUGAACCACUAAGCUAUUCUUUUCCUAAUAAAAAGAAUACUUUAGGAUGUAUGAUUGGGUGAGCAUAAUAUAAGAUUAUGCUCAAGUUUGUAGACACAGCGUUUUGUCCCUUUCACCUGAAUGUCAUCAAUGGAACAUCUUAAUAUUAUGGACUUAAUAUUAAAAUCUUUGUUUGUGACGGCAGUACUGAUUUGUAAUAAAUCUGCUUCAUAGGAACAUAAUUUGAUUCAUGUUUACUUUAAACAGUCACAAUGGAUGUGGCAUUUUUUGCAGGAAUAAUUUUCCUUGAAAGUCCUGUCGUUUAUCCAGCUUACCACCUGUUAUGUAGAAAAAAAAUUUGUUUAAAAAGUUCCGUACAUUUAGUGCUGUACACAGUCCGUUGUUUUAUUUAAUAAAAUGCAGACUAUUUUGUUGAAACUAGGUGUAUGUCACAAGAUAUAUAAUCUGCUGAUUAAACUCAAAUUAAAAUAAAAUCUGCUUGUGUCAAAA